AAUUUCCCUAAUUAUUUUUUGAUUACCACCCAUUUCAAGCGGCAAAGUCAUAUGGAGACUCGGAACUGACCAGCAGCAAGCAAGCAUGACCUGAACUCCCAAAACCCUAAAAUUCCGACCAAACCAAACCCCCUCUCUCUAAAAAUGCUUCCAUAAUCUCCUAUCCCCAUUGUCUCCCGAUUCUCCAUCAUCUCUCUCCAAAUAAACACAUUCACUCACUCUCUAGAACUAUGUCAGUGGAAAGGAAGGAGGAGGAGCAGCAGACUCAGAUGAUCUCCAGUAGAGGAAUUGCCUACUGGACUAUGUUUCCGAAGCAGAUCUUCCCUACUUGUCUGACUUUAAACCCCGAACCAGCUUACAAACCUGGCAGCUACGAAGACAUGCAAUCGGAGUUCAGUCCUCUGCUCUUCAGCUCUAUGGAGAGCUACCUCACUCCAUUCCUCAAGAAUUUUGUUUGCGACAGUAUUAAGUUUCGGCAGAUGAGGAGGGUUAUGCAUGAAUAUUUACCCGAAGGCGAACUCACUCGAGUUCAGGGGCAUAAAAGAUACAGGCAGAAGAUAAUAUCAAACUAUCAGCCUCUACAUGGGGAGUUAUACACUAUGCAUGCUGCGAACUUCUUUGUACCCUCGUUUCUCAAGGCAGUCAUUGAGAAUACGGAGGAGAGUUUCAGAAGUAUAAUGAGAGAACCCUCUCGGGGAGUUUUUACGUUUGAAAUGCUUCAGCCUCGUUUCUGUGAAUUGUUGAUGUCCGAGGUAGAAAAUUUCGAAAGGUGGGUUCAUGAAACAAAAUUCAGAAUCAUGCGGCCGAAUACAAUGAAUAAAUAUGGUGUUGUCCUUGAUGACUUUGGCUUGGAAAACAUGCUCGAGAAGUUGAUGGAAGACUUUAUACGCCCUAUAUCUACAGUUUUCUUUCCUGAAGUUGGUGGAUCUACGCUAGAUUCUCAUCAUGGUUUUGUGGUCGAGUAUGGAAAACAGCGGGAUCUAAAACUGGGUUUCCAUGUGGAUGACUCAGAAGUUACUUUGAAUGUUUGCUUGGGCAAGCAAUUUUCUGGUGGAGAAUUGUUCUUUCGGGGCGUCAGAUGUGAAGAUCAUGUCAAUGCAGAAACUCAAUCAGAGGAAAUCUUAGACUAUUCCCAUGUUCCGGGACAUGCAGUUCUUCAUUAUGGUUGGCAUCGGCAUGGUGCGAGACCCAUAAAAUCUGGGCAUAGGAUCAACUUACU